CAUAGAGAUAAGGAAGGUGGCAAGCCCAAGGCUCUGUGGUUUAGACCGCAGCUCCACCCGCGCCCCUAAGGGCGGGAAAAGGAAGGCCUGAUAAAAUUCCGAUUUCAGGAUGAAUUACAAUGAUGUUGAGAUUAUAUGAGCUGAAUAGGACAGAAAUGUGAGCACCGCCAGGCGGCUCUCUUGCGCUGGGUUAUGUUUGUGCCCCUUUCCGAUAGGAACCCGAAGUUUAGUUGGUGUUAUUUUCUUCCUAUCUCUAGGACGGGGAUCGUGAGUAGAACACAACGCGCCGUUGUUGACGGCAGGGGCGGCGCGCUGCUCAUGACGUAAGCAUCCUAUCCGGAAGCUUGAGCGCGGCGAUGGCGGCCUCCAUAGGCGGCAACGUGACUCAAAAGCGCUGAGGAAGAAAUCUUCAAAUUCUGAGGUAAGAUUAGUCCCUUGGUUGAAAGGCUGGAGGUCUUGUCCCGCAGGAAACACGCGCGUGUGACUUUCUUCUCAGAGCGAUCGCAUUCAUCAGACUCGCCUCUUAUGUCUCUAUCACAUGUAGGAGACGCAGGAAAUCGGCUGGCGAAGCUGCUCCUCAGUUUCAGGGAAAGCUUCAGGAGAACCCUGCUAGACCCAAAUUUAGUCCAGUAUCUUAUUUUCAACGAAGACAGAGAAGCCCACAGGCAAGGGAUUAAUGGCAGCAGCAUCUCUCCACAGUUGUCUGUUCCUAGUAUCCUGAUGUAUAAGUGAAUACUGCCUUUGAAUGUGGACAUUCUGUUGAGCUAUCCUGGCUCAUUGCUAUUGAUAGCUUUCUGAACUAGUGACCAUCUCCAGCACGUAAAGAAGUACUUUUAUUUGGUCUAUUCUGAACCUCCAAUCCAAUUUCAUCUGGUGAUCCUAAGAUCCUAAUAUUAUGAAAGAGGCAGAAAAUGUUCUAUUUACUUUCUCCAUGCUAUACAUAACAUGUGUUUCUUUCUCUCUCUGCUCCACCUUCACCUCAAUUACCUUUUUUGGGGGGGGGGGGAGAAAUGACUCCAAAAGCUUCUCUUUUGGCUAUGCUGAAUUGUAAUUAUUGAAGCUGAAGUCCAGCAAUACCUGGAGUAUCCCAACACAUUGACUAUUCCUGGUUUGUGAAGUCAGGAAUGUUGUUCUGUCUUGUACAUCAAGUUCUUUGUAAGCUGUAGUCCUAAACAUGCUUAUUAACUAUGGUGUUAGUAGCUGACAUUGAUUGAGAGUUUUGUUUGGAUUGCGCUAAUAUUGACUUUGCUUGCUUUCCACCACCCUUAAGAAACUCAAACGGCAGUGCUCUGAGUUUUUUCUUUUCUGUAGUUUUAUCAAAGGGCUGUAGCUCAGUGGUAGAGCAUGGAAACAUAAGGUUAUUGAUUCAACCUCUUGCAUCUUCAGGUAGGGCUGGGAAUGUCCCCUGUCUGAAAUUCUGAAGAGCUGAUGCCAGUUACUGUGGACAGUACUUGGCUAGAUAGGUCAGUGGUCUGACUAAGUAUAAGGCAGCUUUCUACUCCUAUGAUCAUUUAUUCCCUAGACUUCAUGUCAGUUCAGUUUGUGAUUGCUUUGCACAAGAUCCUGUGAUCCUGGAGAACCUUAAGACAGUUCAGAGUUGUUUUGAAACCACUUGUUGCUUUACAAGUUCAGGAUAUAUAGGUUUUGUUUUUGAGGCAAAAUACUGAUAUGUACUGAGUUCCGUUAGAAGGGUUUGGACAGCUAUUCUAGUCUGCUUUAGAUACAGAAUACUGCCAAAUAUUGAAGCUGUAUAAUGAGGAACAAAAUACUUGUUUUAGAUGAGGAUUAAAAUGUAUCAUGUCAGUCAAAAUGAGGGAGAGUAGGUUAGUUCAUAGGGGUAACGAAUAGUUUGUGAAUUGCUUUAAAAUUUGCAGUACAUGUUUGCUUAGUACUAUAGAUAGAUUUCAGUGUUUUGUGUACUCUUGUUCUCCCCUCCUCAGAAGCCUGUUCUACUUUCACCAUAUGAAAUUUGCAGCGCUGGAAGAUUAUAUUUUGCUACUUGAAGAACUUUUACUGUACUUAAGAUAAAAUGGCUGAGUACAAACCUGUUAAAGUUCAGUCUUUUCCAAAGCUUGGUGAGAAAGUAACAAAGGAUACUUCGUACUGGAAGAAUUUCAAGGUAAUAAUACAUUGUUUCAAUCUCACUAAUUUGACUUGGAGAUUGAAAGAGAAUGCAUGGAAACUUUGCAUUUGAGUUCUGUGCUUCCUUAUAUUAGAAUAAUAUUAUAUAUAUAUAUAUAUAUAUAUAUAUAUAUGGUUUUCUUAAAUAGGUGUACCUCUGCCGCAAUUAUACUGCUUUGUUAUGACACUAGAGUGCAAAGAAAAAUUUAAAACCUUUUAAAAACAGCUAUAAUGAAACAGAGAAACAACAAUGCAAGUACAUGAAUUAAAUAAUCAGAUGAAAUCCUGUACAUGCAAUUCCAUAUAGGAGUUAUAGCACUGAAACAAAUAAAACCUAGUACAUUUCUGAAUGGUUUUUAAAAGUUUGUAAUCUAAUAAAUAUUUUAACAUUUUGAUCUUCUCUCUCACUUUUGUAAAUAUCCUGUUAAAGGAACUGUCUUAAGAACACAAUGUUAAUUAUGUUACCAUUUUUUUAAGGCUCCUAUUCAGAUAAAGGAGUUUGGUGCAGUGAACAAAAUAGACUUUUCUCCAGUUCCUCCAUAUAACUAUGCUGUCACAGCUUCAUCAAGGGUAAGGUUUAAAAUAUAGUCCAGUUUUCAUAGCCUCUUCUUGUACUUGUAUUAUAUAGGGCUCUGCUAAGUUCGCUUGCACACUUAUUUUGUCUGCUUCUGUUGCAGCUGCGGAAGUAACACCAUAGGACUGUGCUGCCUUUAUCUGCAAAGGGCCUUUACAAUCCCGUUUGCCUCCAUAAAGCCCUGUUGAAAUUUUUGUUGUAUACAGAUAAUUAUCACCUGAUUGUUUGGGGCAUUAGGAUACAUGCAUUAUUUAGAAAAUAAACUAAAAAGGGAUGAAACAUAUGCUGGAAGGAAAAGCAUUUCUGGCAAUGGAAGGAUGGGGGAAAACUUAUUACUUAAGCAGCAAAAGUUUAUUUAUAUAUUGUAAUUUUUGAUGACAGGGAUGCGGGUGGCGCUGUGGGUUAAACCACAGAGCCUAGGACUUGCCGAUCAGGUCGGCGGUUCGAAUCCCCACGUCGGGGUGAGCUCCCGUUGCUCGGUCCCUGCUCCUGCCAACCUAGCAGUUUGAAAGCAUGUCAAAGUGCAAGUAGAUAAAUAGGUACUGCUCCAGCGGCAAGGUAAACGGCAUUCUCUCUCCCAUCCCUUGCAAGCCAAAUUUGACAGGUAGGUGGGACCACCUGUUUGCCAAUCACCUGACAUCACAAUGAUGCUUGCAUGGUUUGGAAUCAAAUCAAAUGUAUAGCCUGGAAGUGGUUCACAAAACCCAAUAGUCCACUGAGUGUUGCACUUUUACUUUGUCCCGUGUAAGUAACUGGUUGCCAUUCAGACCAAUGGGGUGGGGGUGGGGAAUUAAUUUUUCAGGGCUGUCAUUGCAUUAAUGGAAAACCCUGCCCCUUAUCAUCAUCCAUUUUUGACACUUUAUGCUCAAAUUCCAUAGAGGAAUAUACCUUUGUGCACAGAGCCUACAGGACCAAAUCUCCCCCUCUCCAUCCAUGAAGGGCCUUGUGCUAACAAUAGAUGGAAUGAAUGGCUGAAGUCCAGCAACAAUACUGCUAUUGGGCAAAAGAGAUAGUUUGGUAUUUCAGUUGCUUCUGGUUGUCAUGCUCUCCAUGUACACAUUACAUUUUGUUCUAGAUCCACAUUUACGGUCGAUACUCUCAAGAACCAAUCAAAACCUUCUCUCGCUUCAAAGAUGUAGCAUACUGUGCUACGUAUCGAGAUGAUGGGAAGUUGCUGGUUGCUGGCAGUGAAGAGGGCAGCAUUCGACUCUUUGAUACCAGUGGGAGAGCAGCGUUGCGACAGUUUGAUGGCCAUACUAAGUAAGAGAGCAUAUUUUACUUAAAACAGGUCCAUUCUGCAAAGAUUUGUGUUACACUCUGCAAGGUCCCUGGGUAUUGAAAAUGCAUUUAAUGAGUGCUUUUUGGGUAAUCACAAUGCAUCAAGCUUGUAGCCUGCAUUUUGCACUGAAUUUUUCUUUGAUGACUUCCCAUUUGAACCUUCCUGCCAAAUUGAGCUUUGUGUGCCUUCGUCUUGAGAGCUUUGAUUGCUAAAGAUCCAUGCAAGGCUUUGUCAGUUAUGGUCCUGCUGUUCUGGAAUACUAGUCACCUGAGGAAACUGGUUCACACCUCAGUCCAUUCCAGGUGGCUCACUUUAGUAUGUCUACUUUUCUUUUUUUAUGAUGUACAAAAGCAGGAAAUUUCAUUUAGCUUUCUGGUGAAUUCGUCACAUCAGACCACACAUCCAAGGUCAUCUCAGCAGAAUAUUCUCAGGAUUUCCAAUUCCUGGAUUUGCCUUGAAAGCUUUUGUGUCUAGGUCCUUUAGACAUUUGUCAGUAGUAAACUGCCUUACAGGCUUGUUGUGAGGAUAAAAUGGGGAGCGGAGGCCCAUGUAUGCCUCCUUGAACUUGGAGGAAAGGUGGGAUAUAAAUGUAGCCGUCAUCACCAUAAAUAAUACUGGAGAUGAAUGGAAAAUUCAUGUAUGUGACCAAACGUUCCAAAGGACUAAUUUGGGGAACUUUGAAUCUUUCUUUUUAGAGCAGUACAUGUUGUGGGCUUUCUAUCCGAUAAAUUCCGAAUAGUAUCUGGAGCAGAUGAUUACACAUCAAAGGUGUGGGACAUUUCAUCCGCAUCAGAAAUCGUAUCCUACAACGAGCACACAGACUAUGUGAGAUGUGGCUGUACUAGUAAACUGAAUGCUGAUCUUUUUGUAACAGGUUGGUGGUUCACGUUCUACUUCUCUGUGUCACUUCUGGGCACACUUUCUUUGUAGAUAUUGCAGGUUUACCAUAAAACAGAGCUGGAGAAUCAGGGCUGGAGGCCAAAUGCAACCCUUCAUGUCACUCUAUUUGGCCCUUGGUUCUUUUUCCCUAUGCCCCCCUCCAGCACAUGAUCUGGCUAGGCCACACCCCUCACCAGCCCCAUUUCAUGCCCUCCUUGAGUGCUUUUGCCUGGCUGGAAUAUGUCCUUGAACUUUGAUAAUGGCUACUUAGUUUCCUGGAUGGGAGGACAGAGAGGUGUAUAUGUGAGACAACUAGCCUGCUCCUCACAAAGGUACAUUUAUUGCUCUGCCCACUUUUGCCCCUGGCCCCACCCACCACUGGCAUUUUGCUCUUGGGAGGUUGCCCAGAAAAGAAUGUGACCUUCAGGCUGAAAGAGUUUCCCCAUUCCUGCUAUAGAAGGCUUGCUUUCCUUAUUGCUCUGUAACUGCCAUUUGCUUCUCUAAUUUAAUGCCUUCUUAAUAUUGUGUUAGGGGACGUGGGUGGCACUGUGGGUUAAACCACAGAGCCUAGGACUUGCAGAUCAGAAGGUCGGCAGUUCGAAUCCCUGUGACAGGGUGAGCUCCUGUUGCUUGGUCCCAGCUCCUGCCAACCUAGCAGUUCGAAAGCACGUCAGAGUGCAAGUAGAUAAAUAGGUACCGCUCCGGCGGGAAGGUAAACUGCGUUUCCGUGUGCUGCUCUGGUUCGCCAGAAGUGGCUUAGUCAUACUGGCCACAUGACCCGGAAGCUGUACACCGGCUCCCUCGGCCAAUAAAGCGAGAUGAGCGCCGCAAACCCUGAGUCGGUCACGACUGGACCUAAUGGUCAGGGGUCCCUUUACCUAAUAUUGUGCUGCUUGCAAAUUUUUGUGGCUCUGUUCAGGCAGAAUGAUUUUCUGCUUAAGCUGAAUUUUUUUUUUGCACUUGCAUUUUCUUUUCUUCACUCUUGAUCUAAGUAGAAGUCAUUGCAUAAGAAGACAUAAUUGUAGUUGGCUCAUUUAAAAAUAUAGCAGCCCAGACAUUAUGGGCGAUGAGAGAGGAGUCACUAAAUGGUUUCCAUGGAUUAAAAUCACAAAUCAAAUGAAAACAAGAUUCAAACCCCACAAGUGUUUGCUGCACUCUUUUUAGUGAGCAAUUUAUUUUAGACUUGAUAACAGUAACUUCUGGAAUCAUGCUUGGGUAAAGUGGUGUGUCCCUUCAGAACUGUUGCUUUCAGUGUGAUUUGGUGUGGAAGGGUGAGAUGUAGUUGAUCAUUGAUGUUUUAUAUUAGUCCCGUGGCUGUUUCAAUAAUACACAUGCUUUGGGUCUGGGCGGGGGGGUUGCACCUAGAACAACAUUCUGUUAUUCUAUGUAUGUUAAAAUCUUGGGGUUGCAUCCGGCUAAGUCAUAUGCAGUACAGACUCAUUGAAAUAGUAGGCUUGUAGUCAUGAUGUCAACUGUUACAACCCUCAAACUCUUCUUUUUCCUUAUUUCUGGGAUGCCUUCUAGGUUCAUACGAUCAUACUGUGAAAGUGUUUGAUACACGGGCAGAAAAAAGUGUCAUGACGAUAGAACAUGGGCAGCCGGUUGAGAGUGUUAAUCUCUUUCCUUCCGGAGGUCUUCUUGUGACUGCAGGUAUUUCAUCAAACGGGCAGUUUCCCUCCCUCCCUCCUUCCACCCAACCAUACAGCUUGUUUCUAGUUCUAUCUGCAAUGAUUCUCUUAUUUAUUUCCCUCUUUGUCAUCGAUAGAGGGUGCAGACCCGAGUGACAAGAGUGUGCUUCUGCAAGGUUCUGUACCAUUUGUGGCUGAAGCCCUGUGCUUGCUAGAUAGUAGCUUCUAAGUCUUUUUUCUUUUUUCAAGGGCAUAUUGAAAUGCUGUUUUCAGUCUUGGUUUUCCAUCAUCCUUUUAAGAAAAAAACAUGCAAGAUUGACUUUGGAGUGUCAGAGGGAGAUAUGUGUGUCUUUCCUUUUGCUGCUGUUCAUGUAGGUCUCUGUGUAUAAUGCAGUCUGUAUGGGAGACAAGUGCUUCCUACUGUAAGGGGAUGUUUUAUCUUCUAUUAGAUUAUAUGUUCUGGGUGGGGAAUAUGUGGUCCUCUAGAGAUUGCUGUGCUACAGCUCCCACCAUCCCUGAUCAGUGGCCAGGCUAGCUAGGGCUGAUGGCAGUUGCAGUUCAGUAACAUCUAGAGGGCCAUAAGUUCCCCCACCUAUCAUCCCUAGCUAGCAGGACCAUUGGUCAGGGACGAUGGGGAUUGUAGUCCCCAAAACAGCUGGAGAUCCAAGUUUGGGAAACCCUGGCCUAGAGGGAAAAUUGUGGCAUGCCUAUGAAAUGCCUUGUUUACUAUUUGUGUACAAAUAAUCCUUUCUUUUUAAAAGGUGGUCGUUAUGUUAAAGUCUGGGACUUCCUUAGAGGAGGACAGUUACUAGUGUCCUUGAGAAAUCACCAUAAGACUGUAACCUGUUUGUGUCUGAGUAGCUCUGGUCAGAGACUGCUUUCCGGCUCACUAGACAGGUUUGUAUUUUUCAGUUUCUCUUACUGGCUUUUUAGAGAGCUUUCCAUGUAGAAGUGUAAUUCCAUACACAGAGCUGUGUGUUUUCUGUUUUGUCUUGCAACUGGUUAAAGGUGCCUUUAUCACCAUUAGCUUUCAGAAGGAAUUUCAGAAAAAUUUCUUUUUACCCAGGAAUUUGGUGGAAUUCUGCUCCUGGCAACACGAAAAUCGCUGGUUGGAAGAAUGGUUGUUGUUGUUGUUGUUGUUUUUACAUGCAAUUGUUUUCAGAAAGUUUUUGCUUUGUUUUUGUCUUUAAAUUGUGGAUUUGUUUGCUAUCUUGGGCUCCUUCGGGAGGAAUGGUGGGUUAUAAAUUCAAUAAACAAGCAGACUGCAGAAUGUAGAGCUGGAUAUACAAUUUAGCAGCGUUCCUAGAAUAUUGACUUGCGUGCAUUCUUACUCUACUUCUGGUUUCCCCCUUCACUAAAAGAUAUGACUUGAAAAUAUGGGUUUAGCCACAUAUUAUUAUUAUUAUUAUUAUUUUUUGUAGCAACUGGGUGCAAGUCACAUUUUCAUGAAAUAUUUAACCUACUCUGAAAUCAGUAUUUUUGUUUUCUCUUUGUAGGCAUGUGAAGGUUUACAGUACAACUUCCUACAAGGUCGUCCACAGCUUUAACUAUGCAGCAUCUAUUCUCAGUCUUGCCUUGGCAGUAAGUACUAAAAUAAACCUUCUGGCAAGUGAUGACUACCUGACAAUUUGAAAAUUGAGCUUAGACACACACUAGGUCACACACUGGCUUCUUCAUAGAAUUGUAGGAUUGGUAGGCACCCCAAGAGGUUUCUUUCAGUUGUGCUUGCAAUAAUGGUAUGGAAGCAAUGUGGAAAACGCCCUCCCCCCUCGAAAGGGGUCUGUCUGGAAUGUAUUGCACCAGGUUUUCUUUCAAAUAGAUAUUGUUUGCACCAGGCAGGUGAUUACAGGUGAGGUGACAGUACUGCCCAAAGCCAUCUUAGAUCGCCUUAAUUGUCAAUAGGUACAUGAACCAUCAAAUUUGGCAAGUUAAAGGCUGUUGGCACCAAUGUCGAUCACUUCAAUCCCUCAAGCACUGGACAGCACAAUCCUAUGCAUGCUUAUCUUUAAAUAAACCCUGUGGAACUUGCUUUCGAAUAAGCAUGCAUAAGAUUACAUUAUUAGACUAGAAGAAGUUGCUGGGGCUUAACCUCACCUGGGUCACAGCUCCAUCAUACAUUUAAAGCUCUCUUGUUCCUCUUUAAGAGUCGUCCCCACCCCCAAGAAUGCUUGGAGCUAUAGUAGUUGUUAAGGGAGCUGAGAGGUGUUAGGAGGCCCUUAAACGGAGUACGGUACCCAGGAUUUUUUGCAGGAGGGAAGCUAUGACUUUUAAAAGGGAAUGAGAGUGCCUGAUAUAUGUGUUGUGGGUGUAGCCUAGGCCAGGUAAUUAGGGACAGCCUUUAACUUGAUUCCAUUCUUGAUGUCUUUUCACAAUUGCCCUCUGCUCAGAAUAGGAUAUUAGAAGCCAUUGUUUCCUUAUUUUAUAUACUGCCCUGAUACCUAACUGCUGAAGGGCAGCUAAAAAAAAAUCUCUUAAUAAAAUAAAUGUUACCCAAGGCAAUUCUUCUUUGCUGUAAAUGGGAAGCUUUAAACUAAAGCCAGAGAACUAAAAAUGUGUGUCUGAGUUACAGUUUCUGGGUAAGCAAGCCUGUUUCUCUUUCUUUUUAGCCUGAGGAUGAAUCUCUAGUUGUAGGCAUGACAAAUGGAAUACUGAAUGUUAAACACCGGAAGCAUGAAGGUGCAAGAGAGCUUCUUCAGCAGAGGAGAAGGCCCGCCUAUAGGACCUUUGUGAAAGGAAAGAACUACAUGCCGAAGCAGGUAUGGAACAAAAGGAUGCACAGAGCAAGUCCUGUUUUCUACUAGCAAAAGAGGUGCCUUAACACAUCAUGUUUUUGAAACUGAGUAACAAAGACUUAAGGGGAAGUUAGUUAGGCUGCAACAUUUCAUUGACUGAUCAGUUGGAGGAACUUAGGAAGCUGCCGUAUACUGAAUCAGACCAUUCCUUACUUUUAGUGUACAGUGGUACCUCGGGUUACAUAUGCUUCAGGUUACAGACUCCGCUAACCCAGAAAUAGUGCUUCAGGUUAAGAUCUUUGCUUCAGGAUGAGAACAGAAAUCGCACAGUGGCAGCGGGAGGCCCCAUUAACUGAAGUGGUGCUUCAGGUUAAGAACAGUUUCAGGUUAAGAACGGACCUCUGGAACAAAUUAAGUACUUAACCCGAGGUAACACUGUACUGGGUGUAGGGGAAAAUAAACUUGACAAGAACAAAAUGUGUCUGGUUUUGCAUUUCUAUGGCAGGAUAAACUAUGCAAACAAUACAAAGGUGAUAUUGAAGUAGGUGGGAUGGUGAUUUGUGGGUUUUAUCAUGGAUUGUCUCUCCCUUCAUCUUUUAGGAGGAUUUCAUUGUAAGUAGGCCUGCCAAAACCUAUUUGAAGAAAUAUGAUAAGCUCCUGAGAAGUUUCCAGGUUUCUAAGGCUCUUGAUGCUGUACUUGAGGUAAGCUAGUAGGACUUGAGUCACCUUUUAGAUUGAGUGAUUCUGUUUCAGUUACACUAUUGUACCGUAAAACUCUUUCCAGUGAAUCUGCCAUAAAAUGAUCCAUAAACAAAGGCCUUCUAUUGUUCAUAGGGCUGUGUACAACUAAAUAAUUGUGCAGAAUGACUCCCACAAGUACAACACAACUUGCCCUUCCUCUGCUCUGGGGUCCCUCCAGCUCUGGAUCAGAUUUGGGGGAACGUGGAGGGAGGAGAGGGAGAGGCUGUUCCAUUGUGUUUGCAGUAGUCAUCAUGUACAGUCAGUAGAGAUAAAGCCCAUAGUUACAGCAUGGAUGUUACUGCCAACAGUGGGAAAUCUCAAGAAAAGGUUGUUGUGUAUUUUUGUUGUAGUUGGCAUCCAUCUGUCUCGAGAGACAGUGCAGUGCACCUUCGGGGGUGAAGUCAAAUUCUUGUGUCAGCAACACCAAAGCGACCUCCCCGUGGUGCAAGCCUGAGCAGUGUGUAUGGAGGUCCUGGGCUGCCCAGGCAAAAAGACCGCCCACUCAGUCUCGCUGAUGUGGUCCAAAGCACAGCAAAGCAAUACGUUUGGCACCAGCUGCAGGAGUUGUCGGAAGGAGGCGUACAAGGUGCCACCCAACUGUCUUAGGGACCCCACUCCAUUUGUGUAGGGUUUACUUCUGAGCCUUAAUGAACUAAAAAAUACUCAAGUACCUUUUUAUAUUUGAUGAGCCAUGCUUUCUUCUGUUUUAUAUACUUACUUAUACCAGAAAGCAAAACUCACAAGUGCUAGUCUUGGAGUAACUGUAGAAUGGUCCUUUCUGCCUGGCCGAUGAUGGCCCUCCAGACCUUUCCAUCUGGCCCUGGGACUCUUCCCAGGCCACACCCCUCACCAGGUCUGCUUUCCUGUGUCCUUGAGUGUAUUUGCCUACUAGAAUGUGUCCUGGAUUCCUGAUUAUGCCACACAUUCUUGGACAGAGGGAGAGGAAUGAGAGUAUGUAAAACUAAUCUAUGCAUGUCAAGCUUUUCAUUGCUCUACCUAUUUUUCUCUCUGGCCUCGCCUAGCGCUCAUAUGUGGCCCUCAGAAAAUUGCCCAGAAAGAAAUGCAGCCUUCUUGCUGAAAAACAUUCCCCAGCUCUAGUCUAGCCAAAAUCUACAGACUCUUAUCACCACUGCUGGGCAUGGGCUCCAUUUGUAGAAAUAACAUCUUAUUUUGGUUGGGAAUAGAAGCCAGAGUUGUAGAUGUUUCACUUGAUGGUCCUUGAGCAGCUCCUUGCUAUUAAAGGACUGACAGGAACUGGAGGCUUAGAAGCCCAAUGAGCUGUCCCGUUAAUGAACUUUAGAUACAUUCUGAAUGCAUUCCCUUUUCUUUAUGGACAAGGCAUGAUUCAAUUUGCUUAAGUUCAUGCAACCCCCUUUCUUUGUGCUUCUAGGAUUCCGCGAGGAAAAAGCCACCUGAAGUUAUAGUCACGCUCUUUCAGGAAUUAAACCGCAGAGGAACCUUGAAAAACGCACUCGCAGGGAGAGAUGAAAAACAGCUCAGUGUCCUCCUUUCUUUCUUGAUAAGGUAAUUGCUUUUGUAAUUGUGUUUUCUGGGCCAAAAAAUUGGGCUACAGAUUGGGAGAAAUGGCACUGGGGAUUCUGCUUCCUAAAGCAAGGCUUUCAAUUCUGCCAUGUCAAAGUGGAACAAAGAAAGGUCAGCUUGUGAAGGUUUGGGUGGGAUGAUCACAGGAACCCAGUCCUGGCAAAGCACUGCUUAGCUUCUAUGUACACAUCUGAAAUAGAUGCCUACAGCCAGAGAGCCAGCAAGUUAGGUCAGAUUGGCACAUGCAAUUCAGCCCCCCCCCCCCCCCCGCUUUUAGCUCUCACCUCUCCUCUUCGGAUUGCUGCAGCUGGCAGAAUAACUGGAGGAGCAGAAGGAGCUAUUGAGACGUUACUGGGCAACAACUCCCCUUAUCCUUGGGUCAUUGGCCAUCCUAGCCAGGGCUGAUGGAAGUUUGAGUCUCUGCAGCAUCUGCAGUUCAUAGUGUUGGCUACCCCUGCUUUUUAGCAACUUUAUAGCCCCAUAACUUCCUUUCCCUGCCUGGCACAUGGCAUCUGUUCCUUCUUUUCAAAAGUCAUUGCGUUUGCAAGCUUCUUAAAAAGAAAUCCUUUGCCUGAAAGUUGUGGCUCUCUUCUCCUUUUCAUGCAUCACCUCUGGUUUCAUGAAGCCCAACUAUCUAGCUGUUUAGAGGUGGAAGUCCUCCAUGUACAUUAGUACCUCGGGUUAAGAACUUAAUUCGUUCUGGAGGUCCGUUCUUAACCUGAAACUGUUCUUAACCUGAAGCACCACUUUAGCUAAUGGGACCUCCCGCACCGCCGCUGUGUGAUUUCUGUUUUCAUCCUGAAGCAAAGUUCUUAACCCGAGGUACUAUUUCUGGGUUAGCGGAGUCUGUAACCUGAAGCGUCUGUAACCCAAGGUACCACUGUAUGUGAUUCUUUAAUAUGGAUGUUGGAAUGGUAUAAUCCUUAAUUCUUACUUAUUCUGAAUACCUAGCUCAUAGAAGAGAGGUAAAUAUGAUUGGUAGAAGUACCCUCACUUCCUCUCUUGUUAACAGAAAUAGGAUGGAAGGGAAGGAACUUUGGUAGCCAGCAGUUGUCCUCUAUUUCUCACUUGCAUCUCACCAUCUCCGUACAGCACCUUCUCCCUAUGACAGAGAACAUAGCCUUCAGUGUGUUACUUCUACAAUAGUGAAAAUUGCUAACAUCUGGCUAUUAACUUGCAGACACGUGACUGAUGCAAGAUUUGCUCCUGUGCUGAUAAACAUUGCAGAAAUGAUUAUAGGUAAGUACUAAUAUCUGACAAUACUAAUAGAAUUGAUUCAUACCCAGGUAACCCAAGACACCCUUUUUCUGUUCACAAAGAAGGAUGCCCAUGCUAUGUAUUGGUAUGGCCUUUGCUUUGUGUACAAGGCUUUCUUACACUACCAUGAUAACCAAUUUAAUAGAAGUUUGUGGUCUGAAGGCGCAUGAUGUGGGUCGGGAUCUGGUUAGUGACUGGAUGAGAGAUCGUCUGAUCGCUGCAUGUGCCAUCCUGAAUUCUACUAUAGAAGAAAGAUGGGAAAGGCAUGGGGUCAGGCAAGGGGCACUGCAGUAGGAUAGAGGAAAUUGGCUGAAACUGAGCGGAGACACCUUGUGCAAGGGGCCUGAUUUUUAUUUCCUUGCUCCCACUGCAGCACCACUUUUCAUCCCAUGGCAUUUCACAGGGGCCCCCGAAUCCAUAGUUCGUGCAUCUUCAGAGGGCCGCAGUGGAGAGGAGGGGAUGGGGAAAUCCCCUUGCAUGAAUGUCCUUAUGCUGUUGUGCCUCUGGAUGCAAACCAAUAAUUAAACUUUACUUUUUCUUAAAGGCCUAUGUAUAUUAAAAGAUACUCACCUGGUAUGUAAAAAGUGAUUGGCUCUGAGGUCUUCUUUGAGCAGAAGACCAAGGACAGGGUGCUUCAAUUGAAAAGAUGCUGAGUUCACUUGCCAGCCGCCCUAUCUCUGGGUGGCUGAGGCACCUUGAUGGUCUGAUGGAGAUCAUAGUUACUGGGCAGUUUGCUGUGUGAGAAGCUGACCCUUUUAAAGUCGACACACACAGUUUUGCUUGUGGCUGGAUUUAAGCCCUUUCAUAGAAAGCCUUCCAUGCCAGUCCUGUCCUUGUUUUGCUUUCCACAGAGACUAGAUAAUUUAUUACGGUCAAAGACCAGCUCACGUAACAUAACAAUAAAAACAGCAUUCAUAAAGAUAAAAAAUACAAUUGGAGCAGAUUGCAGCAAUAGCUCAUGAGUUAAAAUUGAGAUAUAUACAUACACCCGUACAACUGAGAUUUGGGCUACCAUAAAAAAAAUUGACCCUGAGACUAAUUGAAAGCUGGUUGUGACUUACGUUGCCAGCUGCUUUGGAAGCUUGAGCAAAGCACUUUUAUAAAUGUGUUGAUAAUAAUAAAAGGUUUCCUUCUAAAAAGCAAAAUUAAUAAAAUAUCUGCUUAUAACAGUUAUAAAGGUAACUGUUAAUUGAACAAUUUUGAAAGCACUUUUAGACCUCAUUUUAUUUUAUUGAAAAAGCAUUGUCUUUUUUUAUAAACAAUGACCGUCAGGAUGAUCAUAGCAUUUGUAUUGCAUUUAUUAAACUUCUCACUGCCUCUUUCAUUUGAUGCAAGAUGCCAGCCUGCAAAACCUUGCUGUCUUCAAUAAAACGAUUUUAGACUUUUUAAAGGUGCGGCUGGAAACUCGUUUUAGGCUUAUAAGAUGUGAUAAACCCCAAUAAGCAGGGAUGUUCCAUUUUAACUUGUAUCUCUUCCUUCGCAGAAAUCUACAUGCCUGUGGUUGGACAGUCCUCGGUUAUUGACAGGCAAUUUCUAAAACUUCAAAAUCUCAUUGAAAAAGAGAUUGAUCUCCAAGAAGAAUUACUAGAAGUCUUGGGGAUGAUGGAUGCACUGUUUGCUACCAUGGCAAGAAAAAAGCCCAUGGGACUGGACAAGGACAGUACUGAUGGUUUAUAGAGGGCACUGGAACAAUGUCCAUUGCUGGACAACUUCACCUGAGAGUUCAUUGCAUUUGAUUCUUAUUUUCACUAUACCUUUCCUCCCAAAAAAGUAUUGCUUUGAAGCAGGAGAAAAAUGGCAGGGUAUCUUUUUGAAGGGUACAAAUUACUGGUGAUUGAAGAACAAAGACCCUUUGGGAUUUAUCUUUUUUUGCCACAAGGUUUUUUGGUUUUUUUUAAUCAGAAGCAAUUUAACUGUUAAAAUAUUUCUGCCUAUAUUGUGUAAAGUUGGACUUUAUUUAUACAAACCCAUUGGGCCCUCAAUUAUAUGGUCACAGACAGAUAAUUCAGGUAUCUUCAGCUUUUUCUCCUUGCUUUCUUGAAGAGACAUUUAUGGAAUACCCAGCUAUUCAAAUAGAAAGAAAUAUGGCAGUUUCAGUGAAAUUAGAUGGUGUCGUUUCUGAUUUUAAAUUUCUCACAUGGAACAAUUGGUGGUCAGUAAGGCCUGAUUUCAUGUUGGAAAACUAUAUGCGUGUUCUCAGCUUUUCAGCAGAAUUCGUGCUAUGUGUGUUAAAUAUGAAAAUAACAUCAUGUUUAAAUAGCAUCUGAUGCUGCUUAUGAUGAAUAUAUUUCCCUUUUUUAAAAUAACUUUAAAUCCUAAGGAUAAAAUUUUUAACAUCAACACUGACUUUGGCUACAUUAUUUAUUCCAACUGAUUAAAACACAUGUUGAGUAUUUGCUAAAUACAUGGUUGAUUUCUCCCCCGCAUCACAUCAUAGGAAUAGGAGCAGUGUGUCGACGAAGGGCUCUGAUUAUUCAUAACUCUUUCUAAUCCAAAUGACAAGUCUGUUUUGUACAGUGAUGCCAGGAUUGCCCAAUGGUGGCUAUGUAUGUUGAUAAUUGCCAAACAUGUAAGAAGUUUACAUUUGAUCUGUACCAUGAUAUUGUGCUUCAAAUCAGCAAGUUAUAAGUUAAGGUCUGAAUAUACUCGUUUUACCAAAAUAGGAAUAUCAUCGUUAUCAGGAAAAAAUGUGUGCCUUUUUAAAGGUGAAAAGGCUCAGAAAUGGGACCACCUCUUGUAACUUUCACACCAACAAGCAGCCUCUUCACUUUUAACAUCUUUCAGUGCAAAGAAUCCAGAUGCUGGAAGCUUAGUAAACUGAAGAGGCUAUUUCUGCUUCUGUUCUACGCUGGUGGAGGCACAUGAUCACUGAAUAAGAAGCAGUUACUACCUAGCAAGUUAGUACCAGCUGGGUCCUCAUCUCUUUUAGCCAGGGUUCUGGUUUAAUCUAGUAUAUUUAUGUUAAAAAGGUAAUGGUAAAGGACCCCUAGAUGGUUAAGUCCAGUCUAAUUCGACCAUGGGGUUGCAGUGCUCAUUUCACUUUCAGGCCGAGGGAGCUGGCGUUUCUCCGCAGACAGCUUUCCGGGUCAUGUGGCCAGUGUGACUAAACUACUUCUGGCACAACGGAGCACCGUGACGAAUGCCAGAGUGCACAGAAAUGCCGUUUAUCUUCCCGCCUCAGCGGUACCUAUUUAUCUACUUGCGCUGGUAUGCUUUCGAACUGCUAAGGACAAAGCAAUGGGAACUCAACCUGUCACAUGGAUUACAAUCAGCUAGCCUAAGAGGCUCAGUGGUUUAGACCACAGCAUCACCUGCUGUUAGCAAGUUAUAUGUUAGCAAACUAAAAGCAAAACAUGCUUUUUAUAUAUGGAAGAUUUUUUUCAGAGGUUGGAUGCAUUGAAGAAGAUCUUGCUCAAACUAGAACUGCAAGCCAUAAGGAAAAUCUUCAUUUGUAUCCCUUCCUGGUAUGCUUUUCUUCGUUAAUUACAUUGGCCGGGGGAAUACAGUGGUAUCUAGGUUUACAAACUUAAUCCGUUCCGGAAGUCCGUUUUUAAACCAAAGCCAUUCUUAAACUGAAGCACGCUUUCCCUAAUGAGGCCUCCCACCACCGGUGCCCAUUGACCAUUUGGAUUCCGUUCUUAGACCGAGGUAAAGUUCGCAAACCGGGACACUACUUCUGGUUUUGCGGAGUUCGUAAACUGAAUAGUUUGUAAACAGGGCUGUUCUUUAACUGAGCUACCACUGUAUCUGGAUUUCCCCCCUAGAAGGCAGGGCUGAUGAGAACUAAAUGUGAACCUAUACAUCUGUUUAGAAAAUAUAUGUGAAUAGAGCUUCUGGAAGUAGCUCUUGCUGUCCAUUGUGCUGUGGUCUAUUGCUUAUCUGUAGUUUUACCCAAGGGCUGUAACUCAGUGGUAUCUUCUUUGCUAAUGGAGCUUGUAUGUGUUUGCUACCAUCUUUGCUUGUGCUGAAGCCUGAGAUGAGAGCUUCCCUUUUUUUGUAGGUGCUCAUGCCACCUCUGCAGAAACAGAAUGCUCACAGGUAAGUCUGAAACCUUGCCUUCUGGUGCCAGUAACCUGAUAUAGUUAACACAUAGCCUAAUUGCCUGUUUCAAGGUGAGUUAUUCUUAGCUCAACUAUGAGAUGAGGUGGCCUCCAGAUGAAUCUCAAGUCCUGGGUCACAACAAAGUUAUGUUCUUUUCAUAGGAAACCUUCAAACUUCUUCUAAAAAUUAUGACUUUGCAGUGAAACAGGUGACUGGUUUCGUUAGGGGUGGUGUAGUCUCCUCUCCGCCCCCCCCCCCACUCCAUUGUGCAGUAACGCAGAGAGAUGGUUGUGAAAUACAACCCAAGCAGUUUCAGUGAGAGAAGGAAAUCCAAGAUGCUUCCAGGGUCACUGAGAAAGCUUGUGUAUGGACUUGGCAUGUCAGUUGCGAAUUCACCAGGGCUAGCCGUUCCAGUUGUACAGCUUAAUGACAGUUACAAAUCACACAAUCUUAAAGCUUAAUUUGAGGUUUUCUUGCAGAGAAACGUGUUUAAAAACAUGUUUUAUUUUGUGAAAAUAUCAUUUUUUUUCUGGAGGCCUGUAAGCUUUCAUUGGUGCAAUUGUCAGAUGAAUCGAUCACCAGAAAACUUUAGUUGCUUUCUCAAUGGGGGCUAAUUUUAGUUGGUGGAAUGGAGAGUUAAGAGCGCAAUUGCAAGCAGGCCAUUUUGGUUCCCGUGUACUGCUUAAACAGAUGGGCGGUGGGUGGGGAGGAAUGUGAUGAUAACCUUACUUUCCAACAAUCGCUAGGGGGCCUUGUUAAAGUCAUACAUUUAUCUCAUACUGCUUUCACUGUCUGAAAAGAUACCUGCCAUGAAGAUCCGUAAUUUGCAUAUUUAUUUAAAGAUAAUAAACUAUAAUGGCCUGUUUUUUUGAACCACAACCAUCACCAAUUUUAUCUACUACAUGCAUUUUUAGAGAAAAGUGCAGCCUUUUAAAAAUAAAAAAGUUGCAUUACUUUAAGUGGCAUGUCUGUUUCCAGUAAUUUACAUACAGAUGCAUGAUGCUGGUUUCACUCCUUUGAUUUUCAAAGUCCCAGCUUAGGAAUGGGGAAACUUUGACCCUCCAAAUAUUUUGGGGCCACAGCUCCCAACAUUCCUGAUCAUUGGCCAUGCUAGCUGGGGCUGAUGGGAAUUGGAGUUCAGUAACCUCAGAGGGCCACAGGUUCGCCAUCCCUCUCCUAACCACACUAAUAGAUUGCUUGAUUGACCCCCUAAGAUACCUAAUUGAAUAGCCUGCUGUUUGAAAGGGAUGCUUAUAUAUCUGAUAGGAUUCUUUAUUAGAAUGCUAAGUCUUUUGGGAAAGAAAUUCAGUCUUACCCAAAUGGCUUCAGAAACGUUUCAAAGAAAUCAGAAGUAUAGAUAAACAGGAGUGAGAUUUAAAGAUAAGCUGAGAUGGAGUAGGAAGGAGAAAAGUAAAUUAAUUGUAAAUGGAAUGACUAAGAAUCAUACACUUACUGCUAGUUAAGUUGCUCAAGGCAGGAGAUACUCCUAUUGAGAUUGAUGUUUCCCAUGCAUCACCAUCUAUGUGACCAGGAAUAUUUUUAUAACUUGCUUCCAGAUGAAAAGUUUGACAUGGAGUACUGUAAUACUGAUUUAUGGUGCAGAACUUCAGUAUACAGUGGUACCUCGGGUUAAGAACUUAAUUUGUUCUGGAGAUUCGUUCUUAACCUGAAACUGUUCUUAACCUGAGGUACCACUUUAGCUAAUGGGGCCUCCCGCUGCUGCCACGCCGCUGCCGCGUGAUUUCUGUUCUCAUCCUGAAGCAAAGUUCUUAACCCGAGGUUCUAUUUCUGGAUUAGUGGAGUCUGUAACUUGAAGCAUCUGUACCCUGAGGUACCACUGUAUAGUUAAGAAUGCUGAACUCUUUUAACAGUAGACAAGAUACUGUUUUUGUUUAUUUGUAAAGCAAACAGAGUGUUAUGAUAGAGCUGUUGUUGCUCGUGCUUCAUGUAGUCAUUUGUUUGUUAAACCAUCAUUUGAUUAAAUGCUAUUCAC